AUGCUGCAGUGCAGGCCGGCCCAGGAGUUCUGCUUCGGCCCGCGGGCCCUGAAGGAGGCGCUGGUCUCCACCGACCCCGCCCUGCGGGAGCGCUAUGUGUCCUCCUUCACCCCUGCCGAGAGGCUUUUCCUGGCCGAGGCCUACAACCCCCGGAGGACCCUCUUCUGCACGCUGCUCAUCCGCACGGCCUUCGACUGGCUCCUCAGCCGUCCCGAGGCCCCCGAGGACUUCCAGACCUUCCACGCCUCCCUGCCGUCCCGGAGGCAGAGCCCUGCCCGCAAGCACAUCUACCUGCAGCCCAUAGACCUGAGUGAGGGGCCGGCGGGCGGCGCUCUACUGGAACACCUGAGGAACUGCACGGAGGCCUUUUUCUUGGGCUUGCAGGUCAGGUGCCUGCCCUCGGUGGCGGCCGCGUCCAUCCACUGCUCCUCGCGUCCCAGCCAGGACUCGGACAGACUCCAGCUCCACACAGACGGCAUCCUGUCUUUCCUGAAGAACAGCAAGCCGGGUGACGCGCUGUGUGUGCUGGGCCUCACGCUGUCCGACCUGUACCCGUGCGAGGCCUGGAGCUUCACCUUUGGCAAGUUCCUUCCAGGCCACGAAGUAGGCGUCUGCAGCUUUGCCCGGUUCUCGGGGGAUCUCCUGCAGUCGGGGCCCAGCGCCGCUGACCCAGCCCCGGCCGAGGUGGCCGCAGACAGCCCCGAGACUCCCGUGCGGGUCGGAGGCCAGAGCGUGGGCUUCAGCACCCUGGGGAUGGUCCAGUGCUGCAAGGUCACGUGUCAUGAGCUCUGCCACCUCCUGGGCCUGGGGAACUGCCGCUGGCUGCGCUGCCUCAUGCAGGGGGCGCUCAGCCUGGACGAGGCCCUGCGGCGGCCCCUGGACCUCUGUCCCAUCUGCCUGAGGAAGCUGCAGCACGUCCUGGGCUUCAAGCUCGUCGAGAGGUACAAGAGACUUCACGCCUGGACGCAAGCCGGGACACGGGCGCGGCCCAGCCCGGACGCAGGGCUGCCCUCGGUGGUGGAGGACACCCUCCCCGGCAGCGCCGACUCAGGCCUGAGCUGCGGGAGCACGUCGGAGCCGGGCAGCAGCCUGUCGGAGCCCCUGACCCCCGAUGCGUGGAGCCGCAGCUUCUCCGGGGGGCCGGAGCUGGAGCCCGAGGAGGGGCUGGGCUCGCUGGCCGUCCCUGAGAGCCCGCUGCCGCUCGGACCCCCGCGGGAGGCCAUCGAGGAGCACGGGCGGUGGCUGGCGCUGUGCAUCCAGGCCCUGGAGCGCGAGGUGACGGAGGACGAACUGGUGCAGGUGGACGGGGCCGUGGACGCCCUGGCCGGGUGGGAGAUGUUCACGGGGCAGCUCCCAGCCCCCAGACUGGACCUGCCCUGCAGCCGAGACGGCAUGCGGCUGCGCAGGGUCCUGGGGGGCACGUUCUCCUCCCUGCGGAGGAAACUGAGCACAUGCAAACUGUCCAAGGCAGGAUCGUCCCCCGGUCGCUGGAGGGCAGAGGAGAAUUAACGCGGGAGCCCAUCUGUCCAGUGCCAUGUACCCUGGGUGCCCGGAGGGGUGCUCUCCAGGGCAGCAGAGGAAGGUCAGCUGCGGGCCUGCAUCCUACCCCUGGGGCCCAGCAGAGGGUCCUCAGGCCCUGCCUGGAUGGCACGAGGGGUUCUGGGCCCGGACGUCCCUCGCCUGCAUGGCUGGAAUGGAGGCUGCUGGGGGCAGGGGCUGCCUGGGGCUGGAGCCUGUCUACACACCCGGGGAAAGCGAGGGGCUGGCGGUUCUGUCGACCCUGC